AGCAUUAUAGUUUUAAUUGUUGCUUGUUCUAAUGCCUGUAAAUCCAUGGACUCUCCCCACCUCCCUAUGCUUCUUCUCUUUUCUGCUUCUUGUCAUGCCUUUCCUUUGCUCGGCCUCUGCCGUCAACCCGCAAGGCCAAGCCCUUCUCUCAUGGAAGACGAGCCUAAACGGAUCGCUUGAGGCAUUGAGCGAUUGGAACCCGGCCGAUGAAACUCCGUGCUGGUGGUUCGGAGUCACUUGCAACUCCAACAGUGAGGUGGUUGAGCUGAGCCUGAGAUACAUCGAUUUGCUCGGGUACGUCCCCUUCAAUCUGAGCUCGCUGCAUUCUUUGCAGAAGCUCGUCCUGUCGGGGACAAACCUCACUGGGUCGAUCCCAAAAGAGAUUGGCUCGCUCCCCGAGUUGACGUACUUGGACUUGAGCGACAAUGCCCUGACGGGGGAGAUCCCGAGCGAGCUCUGCGGCUUGCCCCAGCUCGAGCAACUCUACUUGAACUCGAACCGGCUCGAAGGCUCGAUACCUGCCCUGAUAGGGAACCUCACAAGCUUGAUGUCGCUGAUGCUAUACGACAAUCAACUCAGUGGCGAAAUACCAUCCGGGAUAGGGAAGCUUAGCAACCUCGAAGUUGUGAGGGCCGGCGGGAACAAGAACCUCGGAGGGCCAUUGCCCCAAGAAAUCGGCAAUUGCACGAACCUGGUCAUGAUAGGCCUGGCCGAAACCAGCAUCUCCGGGUUCCUCCCCUCGAGCCUCGGUGAGCUCAAGAAGCUCGAGACCCUUGCCAUAUACACCGCGCUCCUAUCGGGGCCGAUCCCGCCCGAGCUUGGCCAGUGCACCAAUCUUCAAAACAUCUACUUGUAUGAGAAUUCGCUGUCGGGAUUUAUCCCGAGCCAGCUGGGAAACCUGCAGAACCUGCAGAGCCUGCUGUUGUGGCAGAACGAACUGGUGGGCAUCAUCCCGCCCGAGAUUGGCAACUGCGAGAGCCUCGUCCUGAUCGACAUAUCGAUGAAUUCGUUGACGGGGAGCAUCCCGGCGAGCGUCGGGAACCUGACCGGCCUCGAGGAGCUGCAGCUCAGCGUCAACCAGAUCUCCGGCCAGAUCCCGAGGCAGCUCGGGAACUGCCGCGAGAUGACUUACAUCGAGCUCGACAACAAUCAAAUCACGGGCACCAUCCCUUCCGAGCUGGGCAAUCUAACGAACCUGACGCUGCUGUUCCUGUGGCAGAACAAGCUCCAGGGCAUGAUCCCACCGUCCAUUUCCAACUGUCAAAACCUGGAGGCCCUGGAUUUGUCCCAGAAUGGCCUGACCGGUCCCAUCCCCAGGGGAAUAUUCCAACUGAAGAAGCUCAACAAGCUCUUGCUCUUGUCCAACAACAUCUCCGGCGAGAUCCCGCCGGAGAUCGGGCAAUGCGGGUCGCUGGUCCGGUUCAGGGCGAACGGCAACCGGCUCACCGGGCCGGUCCCCCGCCAGGUAGGGAACCUGAGCAGCAUCAAUUUCCUGGACCUCGGGUCGAACCGGAUCACCGGUCCGAUCCCCGACGAGAUUUCCGGCUGCCGGAACCUGACGUUCUUGGAUUUGCACUCGAAUUCAAUAUCCGGGAACUUGCCGAGCAGCCUGAACCGGCUGGCUUCGUUGCAGCUCGUCGACUUCUCCGACAACUUGAUCGAGGGCCCGCUGAGCCCGAACCUCGGCUCGCUGAGCUCGCUCACCAAGCUCGUCCUCGCGAAGAACCGGGUCUCCGGCCCGAUCCCGACCCAACUCGGUUCGUGCGCGAAGCUCCAGCUGCUCGACCUCAGCAGCAACCAGCUCACCGGGGACAUCCCGGCGAGCCUCGGCGGCAUCCCGGCGCUGGAGAUCGCGCUGAACCUGAGCUGCAACCAGCUCUCCGGCGACGUCCCGGCGGAGUUCGCCGACCUCGACCGGCUCGGCGUGCUGGACGUCUCCCACAACCAGCUCUCCGGGGACCUCCGGUUCAUCGCCGACAUGCAGAACCUCGUGGUCCUCAACAUCUCCCACAACAACUUCUCCGGGCGCGUGCCGGACACCCCCUUCUUCGCGAGGCUCCCCCUGAGCGUCCUCUCCGGGAACCCCUCCCUCUGCUUCUCCGGUAACGUCGGCUGCGGCGCCGGCGAGCGCGGCGGCUCCAGGCUCGUCUCCGGCGCGCGCGUGGCGAUGGUGGUCCUGCUCUGCGCGGCUUGCGCCUUGCUCCUGGCGGCGCUCUACAUCAUCCUCGGAUCGAAGAGGAGGGGCCCAAUGGGCUUCCGUGGUGGGCCCGGCGAAGGGGACCGUGACGUGGAGAUGGGCCCACCUUGGGAAGUGACGCUCUACCAGAAGCUCGACCUGUCGGUCGCUGACGUGGCGAGGUGCUUGACGGCUGCCAACGUGAUCGGCCGUGGCCGGUCCGGCGUGGUCUACCGGGUGACCAUCCCGUCCGGGCUGACUGUCGCGGUGAAGAAGUUCCAAGUGUUGGAGAAGUUCUCCGUGGCUGCCUUCUCGGCCGAGAUCGCCACGUUGGCGCGAAUCCGGCACCGGAACAUUGUCCGAUUAUUAGGAUGGGGCGCGAACAAGAGAGCAAAAUUGCUAUUCUACGACUACAUGCCUAAUGGCACAUUAGGUGCUCUAUUACACGAGGGCAAUUCCGCGGGAUCAGUCGGGUGGGAGACGAGGUUCAAGAUAGCAUUAGGAGUGGCCGAGGGAUUGGCCUACUUGCACCAAGACUGCGUCCCACCAAUCUUGCACCGUGACGUGAAGGCUCAUAACAUACUGUUAGGGGAUCGAUACGAGGCGUGCCUGGCCGACUUCGGGCUUGCCAAGCUGGUCGAGAACGGCAAUGCCUCUCUCUCAACAAGCCCGCAGUUCGCUGGCUCCUACGGCUACAUUGCACCCGAGUAUGCUUGCAUGCUGAAGAUUACCGAGAAAAGCGAUGUGUACAGCUUCGGAGUGGUCCUGCUAGAGAUCAUAUCCGGGAAGAGGCCGGUGGACCCGUCAUUCCCCGAUGGCCAACACGUCAUCCAAUGGGUCCGGGACUAUUUGAAGAGCAAGAAGGACCCGGUGGAGAUCCUGGAUCCGAAGCUCCAAGGCCAUCCGGACACGCAGGUACAGGAAAUGCUCCAAGCACUCGGGAUCGCGCUGCUAUGCACGAGCAAUCGCUUCGAGGAUCGACCCACAAUGAAAGAUGUCGUGGCAUUAUUGAGAGAGAUCCGACAAGAUCCGACCACGGGGGUCGAGGCCCACAAGCCAAACAGUUGCCAAGUCGCGAAAAGCACGGAGGUCCCAUCCUACUCGUCGUCGUCGGUGACUCCAGCUCAACUACUGAUCCUCCAGGGGUCUUCACACAGCUCACUGGCUUAUUCAUCCUCUUCAGCCCAUUAUGGCUCAGGAAACCAAUGACAAUUUUAGUCUAGUUUAGUUGAAAUAAAUCCAAUUCUUAAGCUUUCAUAACUAGCUAGAAGUAGAUGAGAGGUCAUUGUAAAGAUCAGUUAGGAGUAACAGCGUCUGAUAUUUUAGCUGAUUCGACACCAAGAUGAGCAAAAGUGUUCUUUUCAAUAUAAGUAGAUGAGCAAAAGUGUUGACACAGAAAGACGCUGACAUUACUUUCCUUGGCAAAUAUUGGCCCUCACUUUCUUUUGUCUUUCCCCAAGAUGAGUGGUGGGGCGUUUGAGAGAGAUAGAGGCAACAAAAUAUUGCCCCAACCGUCAAGUCAUUUUCUAUCAUAUCUUGUGAAAGCGGCUAUGAGGAUGGUGGUGCUGGCGGAAUUGUGCAUGCA